UGCAUGCUCUGUUACUUGUCACUGGAUGCUGUUACUUGUCAUUGGAUGCUCUGUCAUUUCUCAGUGGAUGCUCUGUUAGUUGUUAGUGGAUGCUGUUUUUUGUUACUGGAUGCUUUGUCCCUUGUCACUGGAUGCUGUGUUACUUGUCACAAUAUGCUCUGUCCCUUGUCACUGGAUGCUGUGUUGUUAGUAAAACCUUUUGAUUAUGUGUUUUUUUUGCAGAUGAACUGUUUCCAUACGAUGUUGCGUGCUGUUAAGCCAGAAUUGUUUGCCAAUGAGGACAACAUUGGCAACGAAGUGAAAUGGGCUAAAGUUUAUGUGCAGAAUGAUACUGAUUCAUGUGGAGUUCAUGUCCUCUCUUGGCUACAAGAGUGGGAUGGCACUGCUCGUGAUGCUGCAGGAUAUACCAUGCCACGAUACUCCAAUGAUGAAUUGCAAGAGUUGAAGGUUGGCUGUUUGUGGUGGUUGGUUACCCAUCCCCAUAAUGAACAUAGGGAUGAAGUGAUGUCACUGCUAUCGGACUAUAACAAGAGCAAGAGGAGGAGAUAGAGGAGUCAAUUAAUUUUUUGUUAUGUUAUGCCAAGAUGUGUUGUGAGAUGAUUGGCAC